UAUGCUCCAUUUCGCACUAUGUUUGCAUCCAGAACAUGGGGUUUUAAUAAACAUACUUUAAAAAAAUUGUGGAAUCAAUAAAUACAUUAUUCAUGUUGUAGCAAAUGUAACUAGCGAUUCCAUUUAUACAGGAGAUGAUCGACUAUUCGUUUAUAUACACGCAAUAGCUGUUAAGCUUGAACAAUGCUGACAGAAUGAAGUUACUUCUUCAUGUCUGAGAUAAUUGGAUACCUGUUGUAAGAGAAAGUAUAGAUGUAAAGAUUAGUAUCGUCAAUUUACCAUAUCUACAUAUUGAUGUACAGGUUAAGAAACAGUCCCUAAAAUUGUCGUUACAUCAGAAGUUACAAAACUGAAGGAAAGACAAUGACUGGCAUGUGUAAAAAGACUUUGCAUGAAACUCAAAGCUGCAAGUUGGUCAAAGCAUAUUCUGAUGUUGGUAUUGACGCUUGGACUUUGUCUAGUUAUUUUAAACAACUACAACGAGCAAAAUGUUAUUAACAGUGUAUCAACAAAUAUUAUAACUAAUGUUUAUUCUGCCAAACCUAACAAGGGAAAUGCAAUUCCAAGACCACUCAAGAAGUAUGUUACAGUAGAAUUUUCAGGUCGACUCGGAAACUUACUGUUUGAAUAUGCAUCACUUUAUGGCAUCGCCAAACACCAUAACAUGACACCUAUUGUAGAUGAGGGAUGCAAGUUAAAGAAACAUUUCAAAAUAUCUGCUAUUUCAGUUAAACCGUUAGUGAAUUUAAAACGUUACGUGGAGAAAAAAGGAAACGUGUUUGAGGAAAAUGUGUUUAAUCUUGAUACAAAAUAUAACUGGACACUCAAAGGCUACCUUCAAAGUUGGAAAUACUUUAUUGAAAAUAGUGCUGAUAUAAGAAGAGAAUUCCAAUUUAAAGAAAAUGUGCAAACAGAAGCUAUUAAACAAUUUCAAGAAAUAAUAAUGUCAAAGAACAUUACAAAUGUGAACACAUAUACUUUUAUCGCUGUUCAUGUUCGUCGUGGUGAUUUUGUUCAAAAUCAACACUUUGUUGAUUAUGGAUAUACAUCAGCAAAUGAAAGCUACAUAAAUAAUGCUAUGACAAAAUUCCGAUCACAAUUUUCAAAUGCUUUUUUCAUAUUUUCAUCAGACGAUAUAUCAUGGUGCAAAAACCAUUUUAACAAAUCAAACAUAGCAUUCAUUAACAAGAAAAAUUCAGCGGAAGUCGACAUGGCGAUAUUAUCGCAUUGUAAUCAUACUAUAGUUACCACGGGAAGUUAUGGUUGGUGGACUGCAUGGCUCAUUGGCGGCACCACAAUUUAUUUUAAAGAUUUUCCUAGAAAAGGAUCAAAACUAGACAAAAUAUUUAAUUCUACUACCUAUAAUCCGCCGCACUGGAUUGCAAUGUAGAAUAUAUUUUUGAGCUACAUUUUAGUGUCAUAUUUUAUGCAACAUUGAAACUGUAUGAAGAAAAUAUGUAAAUGAGUGUUUGGGUGAUUAAAAAGAGUGUAUAUCAUUUAUAA